AUGCCUUUCAAGAAAGACGAUAACCUUCUGUUAGGUGAACGGGUCGGCGAGAAGCUUAUCCGACAACCAGUCAGACCUAUAUAUUUUACCCGGAAUCUUCCUGCCGCGCAACCACCAGACAGCACCGAAAUCACAAGACGUACCCGGCGUAGGAAAGUUUCGACAGCUUUGAGAGGACAACGACAGUGGACUCUUGGGGCAAUCAUUCAUCCAACUGAUUUAAAGAGGAACUGUAUACCGACUGUUCCGGUCCUUCAACUAUGCGGUUGCAAUCGCUUCCGGUCCGAUCCAAGAAGACUCAACAUCUGGCGCCGAAACCCUUCAUCAGCUGUUCGGAUGGAACUGUCCGCCAACAAACAUCGUCCAAUGAAUCGGUUCAAGAACUCUUAUCCUGUGGAAAAUCGAUAAUUUAAAUGAUGAACAUGUAC